AUGAGGCAGUGGCGAGUUCGACGUGCCUACACGAGGUUGAAUAUCAAUUGGGGUGCAUUACCGAAAGAGAGCAUUUGGGGUCCAGCACGCUUCCUCACUCCUACCACCACGACCAAGUCUCCCCUUGGACUAGUACCCUCCUCCAACAAAAUCUGCAGGAUGCCCACAGGAUUCAACUCACCUGCCCUAAUCGCGUCUAGGAGGGAAUCCAAGAUACCAACCAAGCUCGCCUUCAAGCUCAACCCACCUUUGCGAAGGAGAUCCGCAACGUCUGAGGCGCCUGGGCUUAGGUCGCUGGUGUUGGUGGAGAAGUAUCACGGAUCACAGCCGUCGUCGUUACACUCAACGCCCAACGCCAAACCUCUACCAACACCGAAAGUAAAGUCCCGGCCAGCACUCGGUCGUGACAAACCACCUGCAAAAGAGCCUACCAAGAAGCCUAUUUUUAAGGUGACGGCGAUCCGGGAUACAGAGCGCGUAGCCUUACCACGACCGGUGCCCAAGAGGCCCAAGACAUUGGGAAAGGAGAAUUCCGAGCGACGGACUCGUGUUCCUCAUACUACCACUAUACCAACAUCAAUAUCAGUGCAUCGUCCAUUCAAGAUAUCUAUCCCACGCUCAUUCUCCUCCAACACAAAGAUUCCCGUCCGCAAACACGCCAAGCGAGAGUCUCUCACGAGAAUAAGGUCGAGGCCCGCGUCUCUUCGUCUCACUCCCUCCCGAACUCCUUGUACAUCCAUCUCCCUCUAUUCUGCUUUAUCAUCCCCGUCCCCAAGAACACCCAUCUCGCCUUUAACAUACACCGACACCGUUAUUAUCCAAACCCAUGACGAUUCGGGGCUUCUUUCGUUGUCGGCAUCUAUGAAUCAACUCAGCACCAAGUCGGAAUCUGAGUGGGUUGAUGAAGAGGAAGUAGUCGACAAGAAAACUGUAGAGGACCCUUCCCCAAUGAAGGCACCACCGACUCCAGAGACAAAGCCUCACCGUACCGAUGUCACGACUCUCACUGCACCAGAGGCGAAAUCUCGAGAGUCGGCGAAAUCGAAGGGCGUUAUUUCACCAGCAGCGAAGCGCCAAUCUCCCUCUGCCAAACCUGGGACCUUCCAACGCGUCUUCGUGGUCGGUAGACUCAGUUUGUCAAGUCCCGUUUCCCGAAGACGCAAGGUGAUCAUACCACCAUUGCUCGAUUCCCAAACCGGUUCUUCGAAUGCUCAAAUUCGUAUGGAGCUCUCGGCCUUGCGAGCUCGCAAGAAGGUCCAGGAAGGUGUGACGGAGUUGAGCGAUAAGAAGCUUUGA